GGGAGUAUUCACCUUUCUGAGUCCGAGCAUGAAUUUCAAUCUUGCAGCAUUGCAAGGAAGAAGACGAGAAUGUCUCCAAAGGUUCCUUCACAUCUGUUUCCUUGGCUCAUCUUAUUAACACUUGCAUCCCUCUAUUUACUCUCUUCCUUUCUCACUCUCCAAUCUUCCUCCUCUUCUUCUUCUGCAACCUCACAAUCACUUGCAAUCUCCAACUGCAACCUUUUCAGAGGUCACUGGGUCUUGGAUCCCAAUCGUAGCCCCCUCUACGACCAAACAUGCCCCUUCCACCGAAAUGCUUGGAAUUGCAUCAGAAACGAGAGGCAAAAUCUGAGCUUGAUCAACUCUUGGAAAUGGGUGCCUCUGGGCUGCCAUUUGCCUCGGAUUGACCCGUUUCGGUUUCUGGGUCUGAUGAGGAAUAAGAAUGUUGGGUUUGUUGGGGACUCGCUCAAUGAGAAUUUCUUGGUUUCUUUUCUCUGCAUUCUCAGGGUUGCUGAUGAGACCGCCAAAAAGUGGAAAAAGAAGGGUGCUUGGAGGGGUGCUUUUUUCCCCAAAUUCAAUGUCACCGUUGCUUAUCAUCGUGCCGUUUUGCUCUCCAAAUACCAGUGGCAAUCAAAACAAUCUGAAGUAGGCAGGCAAGAUGGAUCAGAAGGCUUUUAUCGAGUUGAUGUUGAUGUUCCUGCAGAUGAUUGGGAUAAAAUUUCUGGUUUCUAUGAUGUUCUGGUGUUUAAUACUGGUCACUGGUGGAAUUAUGACAAAUUCCCAAAAGAGAAACCUCUUGUCUUUUAUAAAGCAGGACAACCAAUAGUUCCUCCACUUGGGAUAUUGGAUGGACUUGAAGUUGUUCUUGCUAGCAUGAUUGCAUAUAUUCAGAAAGAAUUUCCUGGAAACACACUUAAAUUCUGGCGAUUACAAUCUCCAAGGCACUUUUAUGGCGGUGACUGGAAUCAAAAUGGGAGCUGUUUGUUCAACAAACCCCUUGAUGAGAAUGAGCUUGACUUAUGGUUUGAACCUAGGAACAGCGGAGUUAACAAGGAAGCAAGACGGUUGAAUUUUGUGAUUAAAGAGGCAUUACAAGGCACAGACAUUCAAUUGCUUGACUUAACUCAUUUAAGUGAGUUUAGAGCUGAUGCUCAUCCAGCAAUAUGGUUAGGAAGGAAAGAUGCUGUAGCAAUUUGGGGUCAGGAUUGCAUGCAUUGGUGUCUGCCUGGUGUUCCUGACACAUGGGUUGAUAUAUUGUCACAACAGAUUCUUGAUGGUUUUGGAAUAACUGGUGGGCUAUAGAAACUGAAGAAGCUAUCAAAUUGAAUAUUGCAUACCAUUAACCGAAACUUUCCACCAAGAAUGUUGGGGGCAAUGCUGCCAAGUUCUGGGGGCCUAGAUAUGAGAAUCUUGAGUUGUGCAUUAAGUGUUCUUAGUCUGAUCUUUGUUGGAAGAAAAGCUUUGCUCCUUGAUCUUUGAUGGAGGAAAUGACUGAUUGAUCGAGCAUAUGCUAUACUGAAAGUGGCUCCCUUCUAAAUACCAUUCAGAUUAGUAUUAUUAUUUUUGCCAUGUCCAAAAUUUUGACUUUUAGCAAGUGCAUUACAUAUUUUACUAGCUUGUGUGAGAAAAUUUAAUACACAGUAAGUGCAUUAUCCCUUU